AUGUCAAAAGGAGACUUCAGUGGCUGUAGUUUCUUGAACAAUAGAAGCUCGAGUUCAUCUUAUUUGACAAAUCAAGCUUUACGACGUGUGCGUCAUCUGCACACAUCAAUUGCCACUCAGAAAUGGAGAAAAUCUCGUGUGAACGAUGAAAGAAGCUUAAAUAUCAAGAAAUGUUUGGCAGAUUUAAGUCCUAGAGCUCAAGCAUUUGCAAUCUCGUUGGGUCCUGUGGCUGGUUCAGCGUCGCCGAUAAAAUGUCAACCUUGUGUGUACUCCGCGCGCGAUUCCUCCCGCGUCUCGCGGAGUUAUCAACGCACGACAAGCUCGCGUGAUUCUUCACGCCUGACAAACUCGCGGGAAUCGAGUUCCCGUGGGAACUCUAAGUGUGGCAGAUGUCAUAAUGGGAUUGAUAGGGAUCAGAGUGGAAUUCCGAGUACAAGUGGGGUACAUUGUGUGAACAUGAAUGCUAUAAAUGGUCAUGAUCCGUACACAGUUAUCCAACAUGGUGCGUUUAUCCCUCGCAGGCGCAUUUUGACCCACAAACCAAGACAGCGGCGAUGCAAGUGGACAGAAAAUUUAGACAUACCUCUAGACGAACUGCGAUUGGACCAUGAUGAAACCGGAAGUGGUAAACCACCGGAAGUGAAGAAGACGCUGCCUUCUGUCGUGGUCACGAAAUCUGAUCAGGUGUACAGCAAUGUGAGGCAAACAUUAGAUGUGAAAAAUGUCCGCCUUAAAACACCCCCACCUUCACCUUCUGUUAGGCAUAUUAAUGUCCAUCUUCCUGCAAGCUGA